AUGGCCUUGCCGGGCGCCGAGGUCGCGGCUGACAGGCCGGGGUCGCCGGCGCCGGGCGCCCCCGCCGGCUCCGCGUCGUCGUCGUCCGCCUCGUCCGGCGGCUCGGCCUCGGCCUCGGCCUCGGCGGGAGCGGGGCUGUGGGCCGCGCUGUACGACUACGAGGCGCGCGGCGAGGACGAGCUGAGCCUGCGACGCGGCCAGCUGGUGGAGGUGCUGUCCCAGGACGCCGCCGUGUCGGGCGACGAGGGCUGGUGGGCCGGCCAGGUGCAGCGGCGCCUCGGCAUCUUCCCCGCCAACUACGUGGCGCCGUGCCGCCCGGCCGCCCGCCCCGCGCCGCCGCCCGCCCGGACGCCGCCGCCGCGGCCCGGCUCGCCGGUGCACGUCGACUUCGAGAGGCUGGAGCUCCAGGAGCUCAUCGGCGCCGGCGGCUUCGGGCAGGUGUACCGCGCCACCUGGCAGGGCCAAGAGGUGGCGGUGAAGGCGGCGCGCCGGGACCCGGACCAGGACGCGGCGGCGGCGGCCGAGAGCGUGCGGCGCGAGGCCCGGCUCUUCGCCAUGCUGCGGCACCCCAAUAUCAUCGAGCUGCGCGGCGUGUGCCUGCGGCAGCCGCACCUCUGCCUGGUGCUCGAGUUCGCCCGCGGCGGAGCGCUCAACCGCGCGCUGGCCGCCGCCAACGCCGCCCCGGACCCCCGCGCGCCCGGGCUGCGCCGCGCGCGCCGCAUCCCCCCGCACGUGCUGGUCAACUGGGCGGUGCAGAUCGCGCGGGGCAUGCUCUACCUGCACGAGGAGGCCGUCGUGCCCAUCCUGCACCGGGACCUCAAGUCCAGCAACAUAUUGCUACUGGAGAAGAUAGAGCAUGAUGACGUCUGCAAUAAGACGUUGAAGAUUACAGAUUUUGGGUUAGCGAGAGAGUGGCACAGGACCACCAGGAUGAGCGCAGCAGGCACCUAUGCCUGGAUGGCCCCAGAAGUCAUCAAGUCCUCUUUGUUCUCCAAGGGAAGCGACAUCUGGAGCUAUGGAGUGGUGCUGUGGGAACUGCUCACGGGAGAGGUCCCCUAUCGUGGCAUUGACGGUCUUGCUGUGGCCUAUGGGGUGGCAGUCAAUAAGCUCACUUUGCCCAUUCCUUCCACCUGCCCUGAGCCGUUUGCCAAGCUCAUGAAAGAAUGCUGGCAACAGGACCCUCAUAUUCGUCCAUCAUUUGCCUUAAUUCUUGAACAAUUGACUGCAAUUGAAAAGGCAGUUAUGACUGAAAUGCCUCAAGAAUCUUUUCAUUCCAUGCAAGAUGACUGGAAGCUGGAAAUUCAACAAAUGUUUGAUGAGUUGAGAACAAAGGAAAAGGAGCUGCGGUCCCGGGAGGAAGAGCUGACGCGGGCCGCCCUGCAGCAGAAGUCACAGGAGGAGCUGCUCAGGCGGCGGGAACAGCAGCUGGCCGCGCGGGAGAUCGACGUGCUGGAGCGCGAGCUCAACAUCCUCAUCUUCCAGCUGAGCCAGGAGAGGCCCAACGUCAAGAAGAGGAAGGGCAAGUUUAAGAGGAGCCGCCUAAAGCUCAAAGACGGGCGUCGGAUCAGUUUACCUUCAGAUUUCCAGCACAAAAUAACUGUGCAGGCCUCCCCCAACUUGGACAAACGGAGGAGCCUGAAUAGCAGCAGCUUCAGUACACCGAGCAGCCCCACGGUGAUCCCCCGACUCCGGGCAAUACAGCUGACCUCAGAUGAAAGCAAUAAAACUUGGGGCAGGAGCACGGUCUGUCGACAAGAAGAAUUUGAAGAUGUAAAAAGGAAUUUCAAGAAAAAGGGUUGUACCUGGGGUCCAAAUUCCAUUCAAAUGAAAGAAAGAACUGACUGCAAAGAAAGAAUAAGACCUCUCUCAGAUGGCAACAGUCCCUGGUCAACCAUCUUAAUAAAAAAUGAGAAAACCAUGCCGCUGGCUUCAUUAUUUGUGGACCAGUCAGGUGCAUGUGAAGAGCCACAACUUGCCCCAGACGGAUUGGAACACAGAAAACCAAAGCAGAUAAAAUCACCGAGUCAAGCAUACAUUGAUCUACCUCUUUGGAAAGAUGGCCAGAGAGAGAAUCUGGUGGAACCCGAAAGCUGGGAGGAGAGAACCCCAGUGAGCCCUGCCACCAACAUUCCUCAGGGGACCCCUCCGAACAGUCUGAGCAGAUCCCCCCAGAGGAAGAAGACAGAGUCUGCUCUGUAUGGCUGCACCGUGCUGCUGGCGUCGGUGGCUCUAGGCCUGGACAUCAGAGAGCUCACGAAAGCACAGGCUGCUGAAGACCCGUUGCCCAAGGAAGAAAGGAAGAAACGUGAGGGCAUCUUUCAGCGGGCGCCUAAGUCCCGAAGCAGUGCCAGCUCCGCCACUAGGCUGCCAGCCGCAGGCGAGGGGGCCAGCAGCCCAUCCCCACUCCCUCCGUCCAGCGCCGCGAACCUCCUGUCCAUGCCUUCUCUCUCCACCAAGUGCCUGCUGCAGAUUGACGGUGAAGAUUCCUUCGAGAGCAGCACACACGUCCCUUGUGACCCCAAGGUGCCCAUUCCAGAUCCUUGCCCUGCCUUUGGAAGGAGGGAUCAGGAGCCAACCCCCGUGCCAGGACUGGAGACCCAUCGUGGUGUGUGGGGAAACCUGUCUCCUUCCUUCACAGUUCCAGCACGUGCGGACGCAUCUUACGCUGCUUCUUCAAAAGAAAGAGCAGCACAUCACCGACGGACUGUGUCUGAUGGAAGUGCUUCUCAGCCCCCAGCUGGUGCAGCUCUCAUCUCAGCCCCCGGAGCCUCUGAGCUGCCCCCUGAGUGGGUUUGGGGGACGCCCCCCUUGCCACCUGGACCUCAUAGUGACCUGCCAAGUGAGGUCCUGCCCGAAAAACAGAGAGCUGUCCAUAUGGUGCCUCUGCCUUGCCCUCCCCACCUAAGAAGCCAGGUAGGUGCCCCGAAGGCCUUCCCGCAGAGAACAGAGUCUCAGCAUGCACAGGCCUGCCCUGUGGUGGGCGGUCCAGCACCAGCCCCUGACUGUCCCCUCGGUGCCAAGGAGAGAACUAAGCCCCACGUGCCUUCCUUACUGGAUGCUGACGUGGAAGGCCAGAGCAGGGACUGCACGGUGCCUCUGUGCAGGCUGAGGAGCAGAAUGAGCCGACCAUCUCUGUACGAACUGGAGAAAGAAUUUCUGUCUUAAGUGCCUUAUAUUGUUCAAGCAUUUCUUUUUUUUUUUUUUUUAAGGUGAACAAAUGAAAACAGUGUGUCUACUUUUGAAUUGUUUUAUGCUGCUGUGUUUUCAAAGCUGUGGCUAUGUUACUAAAAUAGUAAUGGAUGUCUAACUUCUCCAAAAAUAUAUGUGAUUGCUGUUGCCUGACUGUAUUGUGAUUCCACUGGAUUCUUACCUAGCAACUUGAAAUACUACACACGUGUAAAACCAAUGUGCAGCAAUGUAAAUCUGUGUUUAAGCACAAUUUUAAAUGCUUUGUUUGCUGCCAUUUAUAUCCUUGUCUAUUAGUUCACACAGAAAUUGUAAUGGUGUGCCAUUUUUGUUUCCUUCCUUCCUGUUUCCUUCCUUUUGUUUUCUAUUUUCCUUUACCUUUUUCCCUUUCUUUCCUUUUUUUUGUUAUUUGUGCAACAGGAAGCCAAGAGUAAUGUGAUGUUAGCAAGUAAAGAUGUUUAUGUAAAAAAAAUUUGUUGCCUAGAAUAGAUUGGAGAGUCCUAUUUGAACUACCUAAACUCAGCAGUAGGCUUAUAAUGCAUAAGUAUGUCCAAAUCUCACCUGAAAUAUGCACUAUUUCUCUCUUUGAGAAAAUUUUACUGAAUGUAACUUGUAAAAGUUUUAAUGAAUGUAACUUCUAAAAAUUUUAUCCAUUAGAACUCCAAAGUAGAUUUUUCAAAAAGCCAGUGAUUGACAUUUGACUCAGACUGUACUGUAUAGAGUUGAGAGGCACUAACCUGUGUGUUCUCCCUGUAGAAAGGAUCUUCCUUCUUCCUUCAUCAGUAGCCAUUGAUUUGGUAUCCAGAAGUGUAAAGCAAACCUUUUGUCGUAGAGUUUUUAAAAAUUAAUCAAUGCGUGCAUUAUGUGCCGAAGAAAAUUCAUGUCAUUUAAUAUUAUUUUUCUCUAUUUAAAUGCAUAAUCAUCCUAAUAAUCUCAAAUACAGUUAGAAACACUGCAAAGUCAAGAAACAGCAGUACGGUUAGAAUUUAAGUGUUUUUUUGUUUUUGUUUUUGUUUUUGUUUUUUUGCGGUAUGCGGGCCUCUCACUGCUGUGGCCUCUCCCGUUGCGGAGCACAGGCUCCGGACACACAGGCCCAGCAGCCAUGGCUCAUGGGCCCAGCCGCUCCGCGGUAUAUGGGAUCCUCACGGGCCCAGCCGCUCUGCGGCAUCAGCGGACCUUCCCGGACCGGGGCACGAACCUGCGUCCCCUGCAUCGGCAGGCGGACUCUCAACCACUGCACCACCAGGGAAGCCCAGAAUUUAAGUGUUUUAAAAUAGUAGUUGUUCACUUAAUUGUAGAUACAUGUUAGAUAUCUGUUGGGUGGGACAAGCUGAUGUGAUAGAAUGGAGAAAUAUAAGUUAUUUUCAGAUGUGGGUUUAUAAAACGAAUCUUUGGAUAGCAGAUCAGGUUUUUAAGUGAUUUUAAAUUAUUUUAUAGUCACUUUUAUAAAUCAUAGAGUUAUGAUACAAAUAAACUACUGAGUUAUUAAGCUACUGAAAUGGCUAUCCAGGAGCUUGGUAAACUUGCCUGGUUCUUUUGUUAAAUCUGUUAUGCUUCUCUCCCUAGAAUAUGGUUAUUCAGAUGACACACAGUAAGCAUUUAAAAUUUUCCCUACAGUGAAAAACUUUAAUUACAAACAUUACUUGAUAUUUCAUUUAAAAUUUUACCUUGGUUAAGGUUUACUGAAUAACUGGAAGGUCAGUGAUUUAAUCAGCUGUGAUAAAGUAUCUACCUAUAGUAGAAAAAAAAAGAGGAAAAUUAUAUUAUUUGGCCAUUUUAGAACCUCUCAGUCGUCUAACAAGUGUGCCACUGCCAAUGAUGAACAGGGCAUGAAAGGAUUAUUUUAAUAUAAGCGCAUUUUGCCUUAAGGAAAUUCUUGAAGCACAAUCUCAGGUCCUUAAUUACAUUUUGUGGUGUUGUGGUCCAUUCUAUGAUUUGGCUUCACUUUUGGGUGGUUGUUGAAUUACAUAACAGAGAUUUGGUUUCCUCAAAAUUGUAUCACAUUUGAAACUGUGGUUGGCUACUUCAUACUCAGUCAUAUGAGGGCAUGUAACUUCCAGCUAAAAGUAAACGAAAUACAUGCCUACGGUAAUACAUGAAACACGAAAUAUAGAAACUGUGUUUUCAGUUUUGCUUCUACCAAAACAUCGUGUGUGUGUGUGUGUCUGUGUGUGUGUGUGUGUGUGUGGCACUUUGUGUGAGGGUAGGGGAGUGAUGGGUGUCCAUCUGUGUGGUCCCUCUACUCUGUUCCUGUUUAGCUUUAUUUUAGUCAACUCUACAUUAUGAUGAAUUUAGAAAUGAAGUUACAUUAAAAAGAUAAUUGUCAUAUAAGGACUCGAUCUCACAUGUUACUGCAGAUAGUUACUUUUUGCUGAGAUCUAUUGUACAUUUGCGAUUUUCUGUGUGUAUAGGUAUACUUAGCGGAAUCUGGUUAUUUAUUUUCAUAUAGACUUAAUAGCUCACUGAAAGAUAAAUUAAGCUGAUUACUAUUAGUCAACAGUUAAGGUGCUCCCACUGCAGAGAUUUGAGGCCUGGGCCUGAAACGCUGUAUUAUGAAGCUUUGUGACUGAAA